UGCAUUGAAUAUGAGAUCAAUUGGGAGUUAACACAACACAACACAACACAACACUAUAUUUAUUAUUGACAUUCACACCAAUUAUUCAAUGAUUUACAUUAGAUUUACAAUUGAUUUAGCAUUUUGUUGAUUAAGAUAAUGACAUCAAUAGGAUUGUCACUACAGAAGGAUGUCUUUCAACAUAACAACGAAAGACUAAUGGCAUUGACUGGAGUGACAAAACCACAUAAGAAGAAGAAAAUAUACUUUUUGACGAUUGUCUUAAAUGAUAGUAACAGAAAUGUCUUAAUAUAUUUGAUCAAAAAGACUGAUCAAUACUAUCGCAAACAUAAAAGUUGGUCAUUAAGUGACUUAAGAGUAGUGGACGCCAAAUGUGGUCAUUCAGGCGAAACACCGGAGUUUGAACUGCACUUCAAUAACAAACAGAUCUACAAAUGGAUAGCCAAUAGUCUCGAUGAUAAAUAUUCUUUCAUUCAAUGGUUAACACGAUUGUCAUCUCAAAAGUCGUCACCACAACGGAUCCAAUUCUUAAAUGCACCAAAAGAGUCAUUAGUUUCACAACAAGAAAGUCCAGAAAUUAAAACAUUGGUAAACGGCCAAAAUGGACACUCAGAGGAAGCCGAUGAAGAGUCUUAUCAGGCGUUAACUGCCAGAGAAGAAGCAGAUUUGGAGCGCCUUUUGUCUCAAUGCGAGUUCACUAUACAUAACGCCGAAGCAUUCACUGAACAACUGACCAAAGAAGUCAAUUCAAUGGAUUCAAUUAAUAUACAAAAUAUAAUGGCUUCAGAGCAACGCGUAUUAGGUUUGAUGCAAACUCUUCAUAACGCCAUCGAAGAGACGUCGAAACUGGAGAACAGAAUUAGUCAUUACGAGACACUUCUUAAGAAUGUUAGAGAAGUGGUUCUUCAGGUGGAACAGAAAGAAGCUAUCGUUCAGAUUCAGAACGAUAACAAUAAUAAAUUAUUGAUUGAAUUGCAAUAUCUUAUACAACAAUUAAAUUUUGAUAAAAGAGAUGAAGAUGUACUUCUUGAAGGAGAUCUGACCACAAAAUAUGGAAUAGCUUUAUGUAUACAAUCGGCUAAUGUUUUGCAAAAAGCAUUGAACGCUAACAUUCAUCCGUCUCUUUCAUAUAUGAGUGCAGUUCAAGACCAGAGAAAAUUGUUGGACAAGACUUGUACUAAGUUUUCUUCACGACUUUCGCAUCACUUAAAUAAUCUUUUCUCACAUUUGACUAAUCAAUAUAGUGACCAAUUUUUGACAAUAAUUUCUCGCGAAGAACUAACACUUCCAGUUCAUUCUCCUAUUCAUAAUAUGCUUCGAACUUACAGUCCAUUAGUGAAAUGGCUUAAAAUUAAUGACAACGAAAUAUUUACUCAUUUGAUGAAGAAUUAUAAAAAUUUUCAAAAUACACAAUACGAACGUGAAUUUGGUGUGUUCUUUGAGUUGGCUAAAGAACGUCUAUCUGGUGGCAGAUAUUCAGUUGCAAACACUACUCCGCCACAGAAUAUGGAUUACAAACGCAAAACAUUACCGUCGAGUGAUAAUCGAAGAAAUUCCGGAUCAAUAACAGGAACGCCUAAUAUGAGUAGUGAUUAUUUUGAGACUUCAUCCACAAGAAGUUCAGAAUUUAGUUUAAGCGAAUGGGAAGAGUUUGAUAAUUGUGUCGAUAGAAUGUUAUCAGCAAUUGAUCCCAUUUGUCUAUCUGAACAACAAUUUUGUAUCGAUUUCUUUGAUCUGGAAAUUGGUCCAACAAUACAAUCAAAUCCAAAUCAAUCGAUUUGUUCGAGUCCUUCACCUUCACAUCAGAGCCAAAGUAGUAAUGAGACACAAGACUCGAAACGAAGUGAACAAAUCAGACCAAUGAUGAGUGAGAUGUUUGCAGCACUUGAACCUGAAUUUAUCAGUUUUGCCACAUUUUAUGAUAAAUUAGAUGGUCUUUACUCUAUGUAUCUAUUGGUAAGAUUGACACAUCACGUACUAUCAGCUCAAGACACGGCAUCAUUUCUGUCCAAAUCAUACGGAAAUAUAUUAAUUCAAGUGAAGAGAAACUUUGAUCGCUUUAUGCUUUCACAGCAAAUCAGUAUUGAAGAAUCAAAAGCUCCCAAAAGCGCUAAAUGUGGUGUUUUGUCAUUCAUUAAGAGGUUUGAAAUUUUUGCAAAACAGGCGGAAAACAUAUUCAAGAAUGCAGUCCAAAGAAGGACUGACAUCGAUCGGUGGUAUACUAUAUUAGUUCGAUCAAUGUUUGAAGCGAUUAACCGAAUUGCUAAAGACCACCAUAAAACACCUCAAGAGAUAAUCCGUUUGGAAAACUAUCACUACUUACACAAUACUUUGUCGACACUCAAGAUAUCGUGUCUCGAAAAUGAACGCAAAGAAGCUAAAAACCGAUACAAUGAAUCGCUUAAAGAUUAUGUCAAAAGAUAUUUUGGUCGACCUCUUGAAAAACUCAAUAUUUUCUUUGAAGGCGUCCAACAAAAGGUAGCUCAAGGAGUGAAAGCAGAAGAAAUUGGUUAUCAAUUGGCAUUUAGUAAACAAGAACUCAGAAAAAUUAUCAAAGAUUGCAAUUUAAAAGAAGUGAAAAAAGGUUUGGAAGAUAUGUAUCGAAAAGUGGAGAAACACACGUGUGAACCGACAACUACUCUCAUUCAGGUGAUUUGGCGUUCAAUGCAAGAGGAGUUCAUUAUUCAAUACAAGACGAUUCAGGAAAUGAUUGAACGCUGUUAUCCGGACGCUAACAUCACAUUACUCUUCACUAUUGACGAUGUCUUGAAUGUCUUCUCAGAAAUAGCACAAUCGCAUUGAUUUAAUUAUUUUUAUAUUUGUAUAUUUAAAAAAAAA